CUGGCUCUGGGGCCCGGCGGCCGCGGCUCUUUUGUUUCCCUGCCGGAGCCCGAGCCGCAUCCCGGGAUAGGGUCGGAACCCGGGUCAAGACCGGGUUGGAGUCGGAUCGCGUCGGCAGCCCGGGCUGCCCGAUGGGGCGCGCCCCCUGCCCUCCGCCCCCGGCCCGUGCCCUCGCCUGAGCCCCGGCCUGCCUGGCCCGGCGCGCGCCAUGGAGCCCGGCCGCGGCGGCCUGGAGGCCGUGGGCAAGUUCGAGUUCUCGCGCAAGGACCUGAUUGGGCACGGCGCCUUCGCCGUGGUCUUCAAGGGGCGCCACCGCGAGAAACACGACCUGGAGGUCGCUGUCAAGUGCAUUAACAAGAAGAACCUCGCUAAGUCCCAGACUCUGCUGGGGAAGGAAAUCAAGAUCCUCAAGGAAUUGAAGCAUGAAAACAUCGUGGCUUUGUAUGACUUCCAGGAAAUGGCCAAUUCCGUCUACCUGGUCAUGGAGUACUGUAACGGCGGGGACCUGGCGGACUACCUGCACACCAUGCGAACGCUGAGCGAGGACACUAUCCGGCUGUUCCUGCAGCAGAUCGCGGGCGCCAUGCGGCUCCUGCACAGCAAGGGCAUCAUCCACCGGGACCUGAAGCCACAGAACAUCCUGCUCUCUAACCCAGGCGGGCGCCGCGCCAACCCCAACAACAUCCGGGUCAAGAUUGCCGACUUCGGCUUCGCCCGGUACCUUCAGAGCAACAUGAUGGCGGCCACACUCUGCGGCUCCCCCAUGUACAUGGCCCCCGAAGUCAUCAUGUCCCAGCACUAUGACGGGAAGGCGGACCUGUGGAGCAUCGGCACCAUCGUGUACCAGUGCCUGACAGGGAAGGCGCCCUUCCAGGCUAGCAGCCCCCAGGACCUCCGCCUCUUCUACGAGAAGAACAAGACGCUGGUCCCCACCAUCCCCCGGGAGACCUCGGCCCCGCUGAGACAGCUGCUCCUGGCUCUGCUUCAGCGCAACCACAAAGACCGCAUGGACUUCGAUGAGUUUUUCCAUCACCCUUUCCUUGAUGCCAGCGCCGCUGUGAAGAAGUCCCCGCCGGUGCCCGUGCCCUCCUACCCCAGCUCGGGCUCCGGCAGCAGCUCCAGCAGCAGCUCCACCUCCCACCUGGCCUCCCCGCCGUCCCUGGGGGACAUGCAGCAGCAGCUUCAGAAGACCCUGACCUCCCCGGCCGACGCCGCCGGCUUCCUGCAGGGCUCCCGGGACUCAGGCAGCAGCAGCAAGGACUCGUCUUGUGACACGGAUGACUUCGUCAUGGUCCCGGCCCAGCUUCCAGGUGACCUGGUGGCUGAGGCAGCCGGCGCCAAGCCCCCACCGGAUAGCCUGAUGUGCAGCGGGAGCUCACUGGCGGCCUCGGCUGGCCUGGAGAGCCGUGGCCGGACCCCCUCUCCUUCCCCGCCCUGCAGCAGCUCCCUCAGCCCCUCAGGCCGGGCUGGCCCGUUCUCUAGCAGCAGGUGCGGUGCCUCUGUCCCCAUCCCAGUUCCCACUCAGGUGCAGAACUACCAGCGCAUUGAGCAGAACCUUCAGUCACCCACCCAGUACCAGACUGCGCGGUCCUCCGCCAUCCGCAGGUCAGGCAGCACCAGCCCCCUGGGCUUUGUGCGGGCCAGUCCGUCGCCCCCGUCUUAUGCAGAGCAUGGUGCUGCCUUGGCCAGGAAGCUCUCCCUGGGUGGGGGCCGGCCCUACACACCGUCUCCCCAGGUCGGAACUAUCCCCGAGCGGCCAGGCUGGAGCGGGGCGCCCUCCCCACAAGCCGCCGAGAUGCGGGGGGGCAGGUCCCCUCGUCCAGGCUCCUCUGCACCCGAGCGCUCUCCCCACACUGCCGGGCUGGGCUGCCGCCUGCACAGUGCCCCCAACCUGUCCGACCUGCACGCCGUCCGCCCUAAGCUGCCCAAGCCCCCCACAGACCCACUGGGGGUGGCGUUUGGCCACCCCCAAGCCAGCCCCCCCCAGCCCUCCCACGCGCUACAGUCCUGCCGGCCCCUGCGUGGCUCGCCCAAGUUGCCCGACUUCCUGCAGCGGAACCCCCUGCCCCCUAUUCUGGGCUCCCCCACCAAGGCCCCACCUGCCUUUGACUUCACCAAGACCCCCAGCUCCCAGAACCUGCUGACCCUCCUGGCCCGGCAGGGCGUGGUCAUGACUCCGCCUCGGAACCGGACGCUGCCCGACCUCUCGGAGGCAGGGCCCUUCCAGGGGCAGCAGCUGGGCGCGGGCCUGCGGCCCACAGAGGACGCCAAGGGCCCCUUUGGCAGGUCCCUCAGCACCGGCCGCCUCACCGAUCUGCUCCUUAAGGCCGCAUUUGGAACGCAGGCCCCCGACUCGGGCAGCACGGACAGCCUGCAGGAGAAGCCCAUGGAGAUCGCGCCCUCUGCUGGCUUCGGAGGGAACCUGCACGCAGGAGCCCGCGCUGGGGGGGCCAGCAGCCCCUCCCCUGUGGUGUUCACUGUGGGCUCGCCCCCCAGCGGGAGCACGCCGCCGCAGGGCCCCCGCACCACCAUGUUCUCAGUGGGUUCCUCCAGCUCCCUCAGCUCUGCCGGCUCCUCGUCUGCCCGCCACCUGGCUCCCGGAGCCUACAGCGAGGCUGCCCUCGAGGUCCCCGGCCCUGGCCACUGCUGCAGCUUUGCCGACCCCGUCGCCGCCAACCUGGAGGGGGCCGUGACCUUUGAGGCCCCUGACCUCCCCGAGGAGACUCUCAUGGAGCAAGAGCACACGGAGACCCUGCACAGCCUGCGCUUCACCCUGGUCUUCGUCCAGCACGUCCUGGAGAUCGCAGCCCUGAAGGGCAGCGCCAGCGAGGCGGCCGGGGGGCCUGAGUACCAGCUGCAGGAGAGCGUGGUGGCCGACCAGAUCAGCCUGCUGAGCCGCGAGUGGGGCUUCGCGGAGCAGCUGGUGCUCUACCUGAAGGUGGCUGAGCUCCUCUCCUCCGGCCUGCAGACCGCCAUCGAGCAGAUCCGGGCCGGCAAGCUGUGCCUGUCGUCCACCGUGAAGCAGGUGGUGCGAAAGCUGAACGAGCUGUACAAGGCGAGCGUGGUGUCCUGCCAAGGCCUGAGCCUCCGGCUGCAGCGCUUCUUCCUGGACAAGCAGCGGCUCCUGGACCGCGUCCAGAGCGUCACCGCCGAGAAGCUCAUCUUCAGCCACGCCGUGCAGACGGUGCAGUCGGCUGCCCUGGACGAGAUGUUCCACCGCCGGGAGGACUGCGUCCAGCGCUACCACAAGGCCCUGCUGCUCAUGGAGGGGCUGCAGCAGAUCCUCACGGACCAGGCGGAUGUGGAGAACAUCGCCAAGUGCAAGCUGUGCAUCGAGCGGAGACUCUCGGCCCUGCUGACCGGCAUCUGUGCCUGACCCCCCCACUCCCCAAGGCCCGGCUCAUGGUGCCCGAGGGUCUGGACCUUCUCUGCCGAUCCUGCAGGGUGGGGAGCAUCGUGCUGGCCGGGCAAGCCAGCGGCCUUGGCACUGCUCGCUGGUGCCUGGGCAAGGACUGCCCAACGCCCCACCCAGUGUCCAGAGCUGGGUCUCCAGCUGCAUCUCCCGGGGUCUGUGGCCAUGAACUUCAGGGCACUGGAAGGCCUCACCCAGAACCUCAACUCAGGCCAGUCCUCUGGCCUUGCUGACGGACGGGCAGAACUCCCAGCCGGCAAUCAGAACUUCUCUCCCGGCUGCCUCGAUGGCAGGUGGGGAUGCGUGGGCAUCUCCUGAGCCUGCCAUGACCCCAGGGCCGUCCCGCCCAGGACAGGCAGAGGCCCUGAGACCGUGAUGCCCGCUCAAGCCAAAGCCGCCAGGCCUGCCCAGCGGACCCACCCAGGAAAAGGUGUGUCCUCCUGGCUCCUUCCUCUGUCCUUCCCUGAGACCACCCCUCAGCUUUGUGAGUCACCCAGCACUUUAUUCAGGCGGACUGGAACCGGGACACCCUCGGUCCCAUCGGUUGCACUACAAGGCGCGUGUACACAUCUGUACCCACGUGUACGUGUGUAAAUAGCCCCACGAGCGCGUGCGCUGUGCCUGCCGCCCGGGGCCUCUCGGGGACACACAGCCGUCUUAAGUAAUGUUCUUUUAGGGACGGACAGUAUGAAGCACCAAGCUUCCUGAACCCAGCAUAGACGUUGCGGUCUUUCACACUUUACUGCUAAAAUGUGUCUUAUUUUCUGCAGCUCUUUUUUUAAGAAGACUUGUACGAGUUGAGGACGUUUUGUUUUGAAAGGGUGAGGGCAGGAUGGGGGCAGCCUCGGCGUCAUCGGGGAUGCGGAGACCUAGGGGACAUGUGGUCUGCCCAGCCCCUGCCCACGCUCCCUGCCUGCACGUGGUGGGCAGGUGAGCUGGACCCUUUUUGUGCGCCAGCUUUCACAGUGGGUUUUGAUGUCAAGUCCCCCCCGGCUCCCAGCCAGGUCCUGGCCGCCAGGGCGGGGUCGGCGGGGAAGCAGCCUUCCCCGGUCGGCCCAGCUCUGCCCAGCUCCCCUCGAGCACGUCCCCAAGAGCGCAGAGGGAUCCUGUGCCCAUCCAGGCACCUGGGGCGGGGGCUUUGAGGCCUCACCACAGACGUGGUGAGUGAAGACCCUCCGUGUUUCUCUCUGCAAUACUUGAAGUCUUGCCGCUGUGCUUGGGCCUGGAAGAGCAGCAGCCCUGGGACUCGUUUCUGUCUCACCACCGUUGACUUGAGUUUCUCCUCCCGCGCAGAACGUGUUUGUAUUUAUUGCUUUAUGGUCGGCUGGAAUCCGGGGCCCCGGGAGGCUGGCACCCCAGGAGGGGCCUUGCAGCUUCCCGUCCCCCUGCCCGCCGACCCUGUUCUCCAUGACAUGGCUGUCGACCCUUGGUCUACUUUAAGGGAAGUUUCGUGUGGCCCCCUUUGCGUUAAGUUGUGUAAUAUCAAUUUAAGGAGAUAAACCUUUGGAGAUGUUAAGCUGGUGUGACUGAUGGUUGGUUUGUCACUGUCUCUGGUUCUCCUGUCGCCUCUGUUCUGCAGCACCAGGAUUUUGGAGGUCAGGCUCAGGGCCGGGCUGGGCGCUCAGAGAUGUGGGGUCCAGCUUGUGCCUGUCCCCCACCCGUGUCCCUGCCGAGUUGGCUCACCCAGGCCCUCGGGAUGCCUGCCUCCCAGUCCCCUGGGGCUACAUGGAGGAGGGGGAUGUGGGUGGGGAGGGGACUCCGCGUUUCCCCAUGACGCACCAGGCUGGACUUGGACAGCGGCCGCACCAUUUCCACCCCCAACCACUCUCCACAUCCGGGUCAGUGGGAGGCGAUCGUCGCUGUGGUUUUCAUUUGCAUGUCCCUGAUGGUUAGUGACUUUGAGUGUCUUUUCCUGUGUUUUGAUGGCACUUUUCUAGCUCUUUUUUGGAGAAACAUCUCUUCCAGGCUUUUGCCUGCUUUUUUCUCUUUUUUGUUGAGUGGUAUGGUUUGCAUUUUUUAAACGAUGUAUUGUUUUAAUAAGUUAAAAAUAACUUGUUAAGUUACCAAAAAGGCUAACCACAAUGUGAAUCGAAAGUUCGUGGAGAGGCAGUGUGAGAGGAAGUGGAAGGUGGGGCCUCAGAAGGCCGGGUCCCAGCAGGCUGCCCCAGUCUGGCUUCCUGGAGCGCCUGCCCCUGGUCUGCAGACAGGAAGGGCCCGGCCUGGCGGAGAGUGGCCCCGGGGACUGCAGCCCCUUCCUCUCUGUGGGGCUCCUGGGAAGUCGGGAGCAGAAAGAAAUGCCAAAAUAGGAUUAAGGCAAUCGUGGCAUUUUGUUUGUCUAUUUAAAUUAAAUAGACCUCAUUUCUUAGAGCAGUUUUAGGUUUCCAGAAAAAUCGUGCAGGAAGUACAGAGAUCUCCCAAAGGCGCCCUCUCCCCCCGCCACCCCCUCCCCUUCCUCUGUUAACCCCUCACCUUGGUGGGAUUCAUUUGCUACAACUGAGGGACCUACACGAACAGGGAUGCACCAACCCCCCUGAGCUGUACCUGCGAUGGGUUUGGACACGUGUGUAAUGCCAUGUGCCAUGUCCUGGCAACCCUCGGUGCCCUGUGUUCAUUCCGACUUCAACCCCUGAGCCCUGUGCUGUCCCCACAAUUUUACCUCUUCCAGAGUGUCGCAGAGUUGGAAUCCUACAGAGGGUCGCCUUAUCAGAUUGCCUUUUUCUGUGUCUUCACGGCUUGGUGGUUCAUGUCUUUGCAGCACUAAAUGACACUCCCAGCCUCUCUCCCUUCUGAGUGAGACGGACCGCACUCUCGAGUGUGCAUCUGCUGAGCACCCAACCUCCAUACCUUGUGGCCUUUCUUUUGCCUUCUGAAACAGCCUGCACCCCGUCUAUGGAGUAUGUAUCUUUCUAAAUAAAUCUAUCUUUACGCCAAGAAAAAAACGACA